AUGAAAACAAAUUUUCUGCAAUCAUACUGUUACAUAAAGGAUGAAGUGUCUGGAGUUAAUCAAUCCGCUGGAAUGCGCCGACAUGUUCACUUCAAUUCAGAAUCGUUUGAGGUUUACGAACGUGUAACUAGCUUGUAUAAUGACUUGCGUGGACCAGCCGAUGAUCAAGGCAGUUCCGAACCCUCGACCGUGUGGCUACAACGGACCUCUAGCCGACUGCGCCACUGUGUUACGGUCUGUGUUCUGGCAAAAAUUAUUGGUCUUCAAAUCUUUUAA